ACCAAUACGACUAUUGUGUUUCUAGAUCUACAUGUAACCAAUACGACUAUUGUGUCUCUGGAUCUACAUGCAACCAAUACUGAUAUUGUGUCUCUAGAUCCACAUGUAACCAAUACUGAUAUUGUGUCUCUAGAUCCACAUGCAACCAAUACUGAUAUUGUGUCUCUAGAUCCACAUGUAACCAAUACUGAUAUUGUGUCUCUAGAUCCACAUGUAACCAAUACUGAUAUUGUGUCUCUAGAUCCACAUGUAACCAAUACUAAUAUUGUGUCUCUAGAUCCACAUGUAACCAAUACUAAUAUUGUGUCUCUAGAUCCACAUGUAACCAAUACGACUAUUGUGUCUCUAGAUCCACAUGCAACCAAUACUAAUAUUGUGUCUCUAGAUCCACAUGCAACCAAUACUAAUAUUGUGUCUCUAGAUCCACAUGCAACCAAUACUGAUAUUGUGUCUCUAGAUCCACAUGUAACCAAUACUAAUAUUGUGUCUCUAGAUCCACAUGCAACCAAUACUGAUAUUGUGUCUCUAGAUCCACAUGUAACCAAUACUAAUAUUGUGUCUCUAGAUCCACAUGUAACCAAUACUGAUAUUGUGUCUCUGGAUCUACAUGCAACCAAUACUGAUAUUGUGAUUCUAGAUCCACAUGAAAGCAGCACUGAUAUUCAAGAGCAUUAUCGAAUUCCAAUGGGUCUGAAUAUAGAAUCUUCUUGGCGGUCAAUUUCUCACUAA